CAAUUUGUUAUUACUAAAAAAGCUUCAUUAUUCGAUGCUAGGACUGCUCAAGGUCCUACUUUUUUCAUCGCUAAUUUAGCAGACGUUUAUCAAGAAGAUGACAGUGUUGGAGAAAGAAACAUAGCAGUGAACAAAGCGGAGAAGGACCUGGGUAAAGGCAGUAACUCUCGCAAAGUAAAAGCCGUAAGGACAGUAACUUAUAAAAAAAGGGUUAGGAAAGUUGUAAGAAACGGAAUUGGAGUUGAAAAGAUGGAAACGUUCUAUUGUGAUGAAGAUUAUAUCGAUCAGUUGAUGCGUGUGUUGCGAAUAAAACAAGGAGAUGAAGAAAAUGUAGAGAUGUAUGCCAAGCGAUAUGAGAGUCGAGUGAUGAUACUGAACGGUGAAGUUCCGGAAGAUGAAAAACAGUUUGAAGAUAUUAGGAUAAUGUAUGUUGAUGAAGAUGGAAUAAAUGAAAAUGAUGACGUUGUUGAAGAGGAUAAACAUGAAGCAUUCAUUAUUACAAUUGCCAAUGGAAUCAACGAUUUUGUAUGUUAUUACGAAAAGAGAAGUAGUGUAGAAAACGACGAUGGUGGUAAAUCCGGUGACUCUAAGCGACAUAGAAAUGGUAUGAAAACGAAAAGACUAAUGUUGGAAAUCAUGUGA